UUCAUGGGAAACCGCCUACGGUCUUACAAGGAGUUACGAUAUGCUCUCAAUAGUUCUCUACUAGUGAGGGUUCGCGUUCCCAGUUACAGCUUUCAGAAUCCUCCAUGUGCAGAUCAGAGCAGGGGAAACAACAGAAGGACCAAUGUAAAAACCUCAUAUAAAACUGGCAGGGGUAAAGGACUGCUUUUCAUUGCGGUGCCUUGAAAUAAUCGCACCUCCGAUCUAAAAGAGGAGGGACCCUCGCAAUUCUGUUCCAACAUCCAAUAAGACUCUCUGGUUUACGUCUAUGGUUUUGAAGCAUCGCGUUCUCCGCCCAAAAGAAUUUGGGAAGCAGCCGUGACUUAGGUGAGCUUGAGGACGAGGCGGCUCGGGGGCGGGAACAUCUAACCGGACCGGGUGGCUGAAGAAGAGGGGAGCGGAAAAGGAGAGGACUAAGAACUGGACACGGGUGGUGGUGGCUUCUGUGAGUGCUCUGGGGUUCUGUGGAUUCCCCCUCCCCUCCCAAGAUGUAUAUGCUGGUUGAAAACCACUCAAAUUUUGUUCUUCAUUUGAAGAGGUCACCGAGUAUCCGGUCUUGGUCUCUCCUUGUAGGGAUCUCUUCUGUAGGCCUGGCUGCUGCUUACUAUAGUGAAGAUAGCUUGGGAUGGAAACUCUUUUAUCUUGCUGGCUGUCUCUUUGUAGCUGUGCAGAAUCUGGAGGAGUGGGAGGAGGCUAUAUUUGACAAGGAUGGAGGAAAGGUUUUCCUAAAGACAUUCAACCUUUACAAGAAGCUGCUGACCCUGUCAAGGGCAGGUCAUGAACAAGUGGUGGUUCCACUGGAUGAAAUUCGGGCUGUGAAUGUGGAAGAAGAGAAAGUACGCUAUUUGGGGAAGGGCUACCUAGUCGUCCUAAGAUUUGUCACUGGGUUUUCGCACCCUCUGACACAGAGUGCAGUGAUGGGCAGCAGAAGUGAUGUAGAGGCUGUGGCUAAGCUCAUUACUAGCUUUCUUGAGCUGAACAAGGUGCCAGUUCAUCAAUAUCUUGAGGACAGCAGUGAAACAGAUGACAAUGAUGAAGAGGAACCCAAGGACAAGUAGUUACAUGAAUAUUGAUGAACAGAAAACUAGAACUCGCUGAAUUCUGAAAAUAUGAACCUCUUAAUUUCUGUGUUACAGAUGUUCUUGAUUUUUGACCUCCCUUAUGUAUAAAUCUCCAUCUACAGUUGCAACAGUUUGGAAAGCAAAAGAGGGACUUGAAGAGAAACUCUUAUUUAUAAAGUCUUCCAUUCUUCCCAAUGCAAUUAAUAUUUUAAUGGAAUUUGCUGACAUUUGGUUUUAAAGAAACAAAUUAUGCUGUUAUUAGCCUUGAGAUGAUCACCUAGGCAAGCCAUGAGUUUGUCUGCUCUCCUUUCCCUUUGUGUGCGAGAAGAGAGCUUUUAUUUUCACUUCAGAACAAAUUUUACCAGGAAUUUUCCCUUACUACAGUUCAACAGUGCAGUUUACCUCAUAGUUAAUAAGUAAUCUUGACCCAUGGUUGUAAGUGGAAGCUUUCACUCUCCUCUUGCGUAUGAAGGAAAAGAAGGCAUGAGGAGCCCAGGACUCGCUGCAGUUUGUUCCUGAUCAUCUAAAUCACAGUUUACAAGAUCAUCUGAAUUGGACCAUUAUGCUAUCUUACGUAAAGAUAUGUCUUUAGAAAGCUCAUUUGGCUACAGACCAGUAUUACCUACAUUUUUAUAUUCAGCAGUGGUUAAAUUGAACUUUCUGUUUCUGCUGUAUAACUAAAGUUUUGAUGUGUUAACAUUUUUUACUCUUGUUCAAAGGAAAUUUCCAAUGUAAAAAUAGAUAUUCAAAUGAUUUAAAAAAGAAAAGAAAAAAGAAAUACAACUAUAGAAGAGAUUUUUGUAUGUUGGGGCUGUGGGUAUGAGUCAAACCUCUCUAAGAUUUUACUUUUUAAAAAAGGGAAGAUGGAAAAUUUCAAAAUUUCUCCCAGCUUAGCCAAUAAGUUCUAUUUUUUUCAAGUGUUAAGAUCUGUAUCAUGGCUGGGGAGUCUGUGGCCCUCUGGAUAUUGCUGGACUCCUACUCCCAUGAGCCUCAGCUACGUGGCCAUGCUGGCUGGGGCUGAUGGGAGUUAAGAGUCCAGCAACUUGCAGAGGGCUGCAGUUCCCCUAUCCCUGAUCUGUGUAAUUGGUUUUGAGUUUUUGAAAACAUAUACCUCACCUUAUAAGAGCUUUUCAGCAUCCAGAUUUACAGGUAAACUUUUGUUUUCCUAUUCAUGGUAGAUAUUUUAUAAACAGGCAUAGACAACUGUAAAUCCUUGUCAAACACAUUUAACAUCUGAUCAUGCCUACCAUUAAGUGUUUUUAAGGUGUUAAUUGUUUUUUAUAAAGUGGUAUUUCAGUCUUUUUACAGUUUUCUGUGAAGGUCCCUGCACCAUUUGGUAUUCAGCAUUAAGAUUUCUGAUCAGAUCCAUGAUUCUUGAACUUUCCCCAUUUUUAUGUUUCCUUUUAACUUUAAUACACACCCACACAUAUAUGUGUUUGUGUGUAUUUGGCUUUUUAAAAAUACUACCAACAAAGUUGGAAAAAGUUUUAAAAAAUCUUCCCGCAGGUACUUGUAGAUCUUACAUAGGUCACAAUGAAUGGGAAAAAAAUGAUUUUGAAUCGUAAGUUGACAAAGCUAGUAACUUUUAAGAUAAUGCAUGUAUUUGCAAGUGUUCUAUAAAGUUUGAGGAGAGGCUAGAUUCAAUUGUAUUGUAAUUUAUCAUUGUACUAGAUAGAAGGAAUUACAAUCCAAACCACAUUACAGUGCCUUGCAAAAGUACUCAGACCCCUGACCAAUGCUCUCAUGUUACUGAAUUACAAAUGGUUGUUCAGGUUGGUUGGAUGUUGGUGGUGGACCACAAUUUUUAAAGAGCGCCACAGAUUCUCAAUGGGAUUGAGAUCAAGACUUUGACUGGGCCACUGUAGGACAGUCAUCUUUUUGUUCUUGUGCCAUUCCAAUGUUGCUUUGGCCUUGUACCUGGGAUCAUCGUCCUCCUGAAAAGUGAAUAUCCUCCCAAGCUUCAGUUUUUUAGUAGACUGAAGCAGGUUCUCUUGCAGUAUAUCCCUGUAUUUUGCUCCAUCCCUUCUUCCUUCAAUUUAAACAAGAUGCCCAGUCCCUGCUGAUAGGAAGCAUCUCCACAGCAUGAUGCUGUCACCACCAUACUUUACUGUAGGGAUGAUGUGUCUUGAGGCAUGGACAGUGCUAGGUUUGCGGCACACAUAGCGCUUUGAGUUUUGGCCAAAACGCUCUAUCUUGGUCUCAUCUGAAAACAAAACCUUUUCCCACAUUCCUGCCAGGGCGCUCUCAUGCAUUCUGGCAAACUCCAGAUGUGCUUUCAGAUGGCACUUUUUGAGUAACGGCUUCUUUCUUGCCACCCUCCCAUACAGGCCAGUCUUAUGCAGUCUUAUGGUUGACUGGUACACCAUUACUCCACUCCCAGCCACUGAACUCUGUAGCUUCUUCAAAGUGAUUGUUGUCCCCUCUGUGGCUUCUCUCACAAGUCUCCUUGUUUGAUUGCUGAGUUUUGAGGGGUGGCCUUUUCUUGGCAGUGCCUGAGUGGUGUGAUGCAGCUUCCACUUCCUGAUUAUUGAUCCAACUGUGCUCACUGGGAUAUCCAAACACUUGGAUAUUAUUUUAUACCUUUUUCCUAAUCUAUGCACUUGUAUUACAUGAUCUCUCACUGUAGAAUGCUCUUUGGUCUUCAUUGUCCUUCAGAUCCAUAGCGUGACCAAUGAUUCUUCAACAGUGGGGUUUUUAUCCUGACAAUGUGACAGCAACUUUAAUGGUUCACAGAUGGAGGCCAAUUGUGUCCUUGAUAAGGCAAUUUCUUUCAUCUGUGUAAACUGGGAGCUUCCACAGCACAGAGGUUGAAUACUUAUGCAAGCGACAGGUUUUGGUUUUUUAUGUUUCUUACAAACAUUUCCCAACAUAAAAUCAAUGUCACCUGAGAAUAAAUGAUUUUGAGUUUCAGUGUUUCUAAAUAAAGUAUCAUACAGGACAAAAUUACACUGUACCAUUUGUAACUCAGUAAUAUGAGAGCAUUGGUCAGGGGUCUGAUUACUUUUGCAAGGUACUGUAUAAUUAGCUGAUGUUUCACUGUUAAGUGUUGUAUCCCCAAACACUGAGAUUCAUGGCCUUUGGAUGGUCAGGGUGGCCCAGGUAAUCUGGAAAUUAAUGUUGUGAUACUAGGUGGGGCCGACACUUCCACCAAAUCUUUUUUAAUAUAUGAGAAUCUGGUCCUCAUCUCCCAGCUGAAGAUUUAACUACUACUAGGUACUCUGUGCAUGUAUGCACUUCAAAAGAUGCUGCUGGAGGCACCACAAUCUGAGCCAGAACAGCUGCUAGGAAUUUUGGGAGAACUGUCCAAGGUACUUCAAGGUUUAAUAUUAAAUUAACCAAAGUGUGAGGUGCUUUCAUGAACUCUUAAUGUGAUUGUGAUCUGCACCAGGCCUUCAAGAAAGGCAGACUACAGUUCUAAUACAUGCUUACUUUUUGAGAAAAGUAAACUAGCCUAAAUCAUAAAUUGUGAUC